UUUCCAUUUAUCUAAAGUUUGUCAUUUAAAUUUGAACAUAUUGUACAUAUAUUAUCUAAUUUUUGUAUAAAUACUGUUAGUUAAUAUGUCGUUGAGAAAAGUAUUGUGUUUUGUAAGGGAUGCAAAAAUAUUGCAAAGAAUGUUUGUUAAUAAAAACUUUCUUUUAUCACAGAAGAAGAAUAAUCAGUGUACAGUGGCUACACAAUUGUUUACAUUAUCAUUUACUGGCAUGAGUAUUUGGAGCUUUACUAAGAAUAAAAGUGAAAAUGAAGCUGUAAUAACCACCAAAGAAGUUUUAAUAGGAAAGGCUGAUGCAAUGUUUGAUCAAGAAAAAUAUAAGGAAAUAUAUGAUCUUUUGACAAAUUAUAAAGAUAGCGGGGAUGUUGAAAUUAUAUGGCGUUUAUGUAGAGCUAUGUAUAAAAUGUCCAAAACUGCCAGUGAUGUUGAAGCAAAACGACUUGUUUAUGAAGCAUUUGGCUUGAUACUUGAUGCUCUUGAAAUUAAUGAAAAUCAUUGGGCUGUACAGAAAUGGGCAGCAAUUAUUCUGAAUGCUAAAUGCAGUUAUGAAGGUGUGAAAGCACUAAUGAAGGAAUCAUAUAACAUUAAGCAUCAUAUGCUGAAAGCAAUAGAGCUCAAUGCAAAUGAUGCAACAAUUAUGUACAUGUUAGGUACUUGGUGUUAUCAAGUAGCUGAUUUAUCAUGGUAUCAAAGAAAAAUUGCAGCAAUAAUAUUUGGAGAGCCACCAACAUCUUCUUUCCAAGAAGCUUUAAUAUACUUUGAAAGUGCAGAAAAAGUUGAUCCUUAUUUUUAUAGUCACAAUUUAUUAAUGCUGGCAAAAACAUAUUUAAAAUUAAAUAACAAGGAGCAGGCUAUGAAGUACUUGAAAAUGGCUGUUGAAUAUCCUGCUAAAAAUGAUGAUGAUCUCAUUGCUAAACAAGAAGCACAAAAAUUAUUGAAAAAUGUAUAACAUGAUCUCAGUACGGAUUAAUUUCUGCAUGUCUUGUACAAAUAAUAACUGAUAUUAUUUUAAAGUAAGAAUCAACGUGGUGUAAAUAGUUGGGUAAUAUCUUAGGGUAAAAAAUAAAUGUAGAAAUUAUUUUUUUAGGUACUGAAUUUUAAUGAAGAAGAAAACACAUGUGUUAUAACAUGAUUUUUUACAUAUAAGCUCUCUAUAAAUAUAUACAGGUAUAUAUAAUAUAUAUACAAAUAUAUGUGUUUUAUAAACUUAACAAGAUUAACAUUCCAAAAGUAUUAUUUUAUAAAUCACUAUUUUAUGACAUAUAUAAGAUUAAUGAUUGCAUAAUACUAAUUAUUUAAGUAUACACCUAUCCUCUGAUUUACACGAUUUCGCUUUUACAUGUUUCUUAAAAUAACGGAUUUAAAAAAAAAAAACUAGUAAAAAUGAACAUUUUGGCUGCAUAAAUAUUUCUACAGUCAUUUUCUUAUCCCUGUGGCUCGGGGAUCAGAAUACGGCCACGGCAACCCCUGCCUGUCGUAAGAGGCGACUAAAAGGGGGAGGAUAGGUGUAUUGCAUAUCUGGCAUAUUUUUUUAUAUUUUAUGUUUUUGUAUCGUGUAUGCAAUAUAUAAAAUAUACAUUUUUCACUCGCA